AUGGCGCCCAACGCAAAAUUUGAGAUUUCGUUCGCGCCGGCGACGGGGAGGGACCUUUCGUUCAGGGAGAAGGUUGGAGUUCUGGUUAUGGCUGCGAAGUUAGUCACGGCACUACCGUUCCUUGUUAUCAGGGCGUUCUUCGGCGGGAAGUCAAAGUCUGGAAAAUCGUGGAUUUAUGAGUUACGAAGUAGAUUAUUGUAUUUCGCACUGUCGAGGCUUCAUCCUAGGCAGAUUAACCUUAUAAACCCGCCAUCAGCAAUCAGGAUCAAAGCCGUCUCGAAAGAAUUAAAAGUACCCGUAACUUUCGAUGAAGUAGAAGGUGGUGGGAAGGUUCAUUGGUGGGGGGAAAGGAAAGGAAGAAAGGUUUUCUUUCAUAUCCAUGGCGGUGGAUAUAAUCUUGGAAUUGGGUUGCAUCAUUUGUUAUGGCUGCAUAGGACACAGGAGCUGCUUAAGUCGAGGGGUGUAGAAGCUGACUUCGCGAUAUUGGAGUAUAGUUUGACUCCUACUGCACGAUAUCCUACUCAAAUGAUUCAAUCGGUCGAGGGAUUGAGACUCUUGAUUGAAAAGUAUAAUUAUGAUCCUGCAAACAUAAUCAUAUCCGGAGACUCAGCAGGAGGGGCUCUCGUCCUCUCCAUAGCUUCACACAUCCUUCACCCCCACCCAUCCGGGGCCAUCAAACCCCUAAAUCUUCCCGAAUCCUCUCCAAAACUCGGCGGUCUAAUCGCCAUGUCACCUUGGACAUCCUUCGCAACAGAAUACAACUCCAUGCAAAAUCCAACAGGGAAAGAUGUUGUCUUCCCCUAUUUUGUCAAAAUCUGGUCAAGAUGGCUAGUCGACCGUCCCGACGAACCAAGACACCAAAGUCUUCCACCUCUUGCUGAUACGGAUAAGAAAUACACUUGGGAUGAGUAUAAUCAAGCCGGUCAGGCGGAUCCAUCUUGGUGGACCGGAUUCCCCGUGAAGAAGUCGAUUGUGUUGAUUGGAGAGGAUGAGACUUUGAGGGAUUCGAUUGUGGAUUUUGGGGAUAAGUUUAGAGAAGGGGUUGAGAAGGGCCAAGGGGUGGUGGAUAUUGUGCUUUGUGAGGGAGAGAUUCAUACGGAAUGUUUGUAUGAUACUCCGGUGGCUAAGGUGCAGAAGGUUCCUGGGAAGAUGGCUGAGGCGAUUUGGUCGUUUUCUGAGGAUGUUUUGAAGGAUAAUGUUGAGUAA